AUGUCCGUCAUUAUACGUUUGGAAAACCUUCCAUGGGAAGCGCGUUCAAUCGAUAUUCGGCGUUUUUUCCAAGGACUUCAAAUUCCAGAUGGUGGUGUACAUAUUGUAGGAGGUGAGCGAGGCGACGCAUUUAUUGCCUUUAAUUCGGAUGACGAUGCUCGGCAAGCAAUGCAGAAGGAUGGCGGUCUGAUCUGUCAGCAGCCAGUUAAAUUAUUUUUGAGCUCAAAAAUAGAAAUGCAGAAUGUUAUCGCAGCCGCACGUGGUAAACCAUCGGCACCAUCGAUGGCCGUGCCGAACUCGAACCAACCGAGCCAACAAGCAAAUGUCUCUCAACCAAAACGUACAGACCCUCUUUCACAACAAUUCACACAUGACAUUGAUGAAAAUCAACAUCAACAACAAGCGCAGUCAUCAAUAGCACAGGCAAAUGUUUCGAAUGAUCCAAUGUCGUCAUUUCUUGACGUGGUUAGUAAAAUACAACAGCAACAAAAGUCUAAUACAGCGUCAGUGGCUUUACCUUCAGCUGCAUCCGUUUUACCAACACCAUCUGCAAAUGCUCCAGCUGCUUCGGGCCUUGCACCAGCUAAUCUUGUUCUUCAGCUAUUGCAAUCCAAUCUCAGCAAUUUACCACCAAACGUCCUAGCUCAAGUGCAGGGACAACUUGCUGGCCAAGGUUUAGGUGCACAGCCAAAUCAGGUUUUACAACAACUAGCUGCGCUACAAGCAGCUGCACAACAACAAGGUUCGCCCAUGCAAACAAAUACAAAUUCGCCGAUCUAUAAUGCAGCUCAAGUUAAUUCGGCCAAUCCAUCUGUUGCACAUCAUGGCCUUCAGCAAGCAUCACUUCAUGAUAAUGCUUCGGUACCAAAUAACAACGCAUUUCCUCAAGGGGCUCCUCCACCUCUGAACCUCUUUCCACCAGGAGUUAUACCACCCAAUGCUCUAACAGCCCUUCUCAGCGCUCAACAGCAAUCACCCUUUCAAUCUGGCAAUAACGCGUUGCCAGCCAAUUUUCCACUUCCACCAUGGAUACAGCCUGCUGCUGGUCAGACUGCAGCUUUCGGAUUGCAACAACAACAGCAACGUCCGUUACUUAAUCAUCCUCACGCACAAGAUGAUCAACAAAUGCGUUCAAGACAACAGCCAGAUUUUAAUGCAAAUCUGGGUGGUAAUCAAUAUCCAUCAUCAUAUACAUCCAAUAACUCACGUUUAGCACAACAACGAACAAAACUGCGAGAACCCUAUCUACGUGUCAAAAAUCUCUCGAGAAAAUAUUCAUAUCGCGAUGUUAAACUACUGUUUGCCGAUUACAAAUUGCGUUUAGAAGAUAUUAAGAUGAUUAAUGACCAAAAUGGCGAGCGAACAGGCGAAUCAGUAGUUCAGUUUCGUUCGAUCGAAGAUGCUGAAGAAGCUCUAUCUCAAUUUAACAACGUUUAUUAUGGCGGUGCAAAUGUACAAAUUGUUCCAGCAAGUGAAUAUGAGUUUGCAUCUUCGCUCGAUUCAUUUAUUCCUGCAUCAGUUAAAAAACGACAACCAGAAGGAGGCUUCUGUGUAAAAGUUAUUGGUUUACCAAAAAAUUGGUAUAAACGAGAUAUUCGUCGCUUAUUCACAGCAUCGGAGAUAGUUUCCGAACGAGGCAUCUAUCUUGAUAAUGACAACGAUAGUAAUAUGGGUGGAACAGCUUACAUCGAGUUUGUCAGCGAAGUCGAUCUUGAAAAAGCUCUUUUCUUUCACGACGAGCAUUAUGGCUCAUCUCGACUGGAAAUUCAACCGAUUACCAAGAAAGAAAUGGAAUCAGAUAUAGCAUCACUUCGUUCGAAAGAUAAUCGUCGUCGAGAUUAUUAUGAAGGAGAUUCAAGACCAAGAGGACGAUCUCGAUCACGCUCACGAUCACGUUCGCCAAAAGAACGAGAUACACGUCGAUAUCCACCUCGUGAUGAUACAACUGGUGACAAUAGUGGAAAUUCAUAUCCUCGACGACCCCGCCACAACGAAGAAUUGCCACCAACAAUAACAUGUCUUCGUUUGCGCAAUAUUCCAUAUGCAACACGCGAUCAUGAUGUUAAAUCAUUCUUUGCUGGAAUCGAAAUAGUUCAAGAUGGUAUUUUGUUUAAAUACGAUAAGACAGGUCGGCCAGCUGGUGAAUGUUAUGUUCGCUUUUCUUCAAGUAAUGACUGCCGAAAAGCUUAUGAAAAGAAUCGCUCGCAAUUCAACGGACGAAUAUUAGAAUUGCGUCCAUUAUCCUUAUGGGAAUUUCAAGCAGCAACGUCACAAGAACCGGAUGAAUCAGGUGCCACCUUUUCGGCCAACGGAGGUUUAGGCCGACGCGAUCAAUUUGGCGGCAACAGCGGUGGCGGUGGCCAAAUGUACCACGGAGGAUCGAUGGGCGAAAAACGUAAAUUUCCAUAUGAACGUAUGGAUGACAAUGGUAACAAUGACGAUAAAUCACCCUCCGAUCAGCAACGGUUCGAUCGACGAAAGGGUGAUUCAUCUAGUCCGCGUGGCGGUGGCGAUGUCGAUAAAUCUCCAUCGAAUAUGUUGGGUAGUGGCGGUAAUUCUAUGGAUGAUCAAAAUGGACGAAAAAUGAUCAGAAGUAAUAAUUCUUCAUUUAUUCAAAAACAACUAACACAAUUACCACCGGGUUAUGACCAGUAUCGUGGUCAGGUUUUGUUGAUGUCCAAUGUUCAUUUUCGUGCUACGAGGGAAGAGAUCUUACAGUUUCUACGUUCGUUUCAUCCAAUUGAAGAAACAUUAAAAAUUCAUCGAGAUAGCCAAGGACGGCCAACCGGCCAUGCAGUUGUCGCUUUAACGAAUCCUGAUGAUGUACCACAAGCAUUAAAAGAACUUAACAAUGCUCUAUUUCUCUUGAGAAAAAUAUCCGUUUGUGUGGUUUAA